AUGAAAGGCGCGAACUCCGUGCAUCCACAGCCCCCCAGGUUCUCACCCGGCCAUGGGCGGCCACCGACAAGCCCCUCCAAAAAGAGCAGGACCACGAGUGCGCCGCCCGGGAAGCCCACGGCGAUGACCCAACUGCAGAAGCUGCUUCGGCGACUCAGGAAGAUCAAACUACGAGAUCCCGAAAGGAUGGCGUGGAUUCGGCAGAAGAGCCGCCGUCUUUGCAAUAGCUGGCGAUUCACAGUGUUGACGACAGCGCUCACGAUCUACGCCCUUUUUGGCGACGACUUUCGCCUUUGUGUCACACACAAGCAGACCGAUGAGCUGUUCAACGUCCUUACAAUGAUCGCCUGCCUCGUUUUUGGGAUCGAGAUCUUCGCGCAGAGUCUGGGACAGGAGGAGUACUUCCUCGGAUUUUUCUUUAUGCUGGACUUCGGGUCUACCGUCACUUUGAUCCUCGACUUGACAUGGGUCUCGCGAGAGCUCUUCUGUGCUGGCGGCGAGGGCGAGGAGGCCCUGCGCACAAGCCGAGCGGGACGAGCCGGGGCACGUGCAAGUCGCACCGUGCGAAUCAUCCGACUCAUGCGGUUGGUGAAGCUCUACAAGGCUUAUUGGGUCGCGAUGGAGAAAAAGAAGGAGGAGGAAGCCAGGAAGCAGAAGCUCUUAGAACUCAAGCCUGGCGAGACCAUCCAGGAGCCGACCGAGUCAAGGUCCGAGUUCCAGGUCAGACAGGAUGGCGAAGAUUCGGACGACUUCGAAGGCGAGGAUGCGCAACGAGAAGAGGAUGAGCCAAAACAAGAGACGCGCGUGGGCAAGAAGCUCUCGGACAUGACGACUCGCAGAGUCAUCGUUCUUGUUUUGGUCAUGCUGGUUGUCUUGCCGCAAUUCGAGCCAUCAGGGAACAUGUUCAUCUCCACUGCUGACUUUCAGGAAUCUGCGAAAUUCGCCGCGGACCUCAUUUAUGAAAGAUGGAGAUCCUGGUGCGGGGGCCACAAUACCACGGGUCAGCCCUGGUGCUUCAGCGCCUUGCAGACGCCCACGGAGAAUCAGCAAGAUCACUACAGAAAUCGAUUUGAGAUGGAGGCUGCUCUGCUGAACUUUCUGCACGUGCACAUCCAGGGAAGUUUUUUCUACCGCCUCUACUGGGUAGGGGCGACGUCUAGAAGGUGGGUGGAUUCAACAUACCUGGGACAGCUGUCGCCACUAAACCAAGAGCGCUUUCUGGGACAGGAUCUCUGGGUGAAUCCCGACAGCCUCAGCGUCGUUUGGGAUGGAGUCUACGCGCGAACCGACUUCUUUCAGGGAGACGCUGUUCCAUCUCUACCCGGCGUGACCAAAACCAGGCUGAUCAACGUGUGGCAGGAGCAGUGUCGCUCCGCGGUGGGCAUCGUCGUGCAGCCAGAGUUGCGCGCGACGACCGCCACCGGAUGCUCUGUCGACGCCGAGCUCAGGUGCUCAGAGGUGCAGUACAUCACGCCCUUGUCCUUCACAUCCCAGGAAAGUGAGUCGUUCUCAUUCCUCUUUGCCUUUGACCAGAGAGGCUACACCCAGCUAGAGGCUGGACUCAGCAUCUUGCAGACCCUCUUCAUUUGCUUUGCUGUGGGCGUUGGGGCCAUGACCUUCUCCACGGACGCAAAUGAGCUGCUUCUGAACCCCAUCGAGCGGAUGAUUGAAAAGAUGGAGACCAUCAAAGACAACCCGCUUGAGGCAAUGCGCCUUGGUGACUUGGAGUUCAGGAGGGAGGAAGUCGACGAGGCUCGCUUCCGCGAGAAGCUGGAAAAAAUGAGCCGCCCCUGGCAGCUUCUCUACCAGUACCGCCGGGCCAAGAAACACAAGGAGCCAAUGGAGACGGUCAUGCUGGAGAAGACCAUCAUCAAGCUCGGCGGGCUCCUGGCCCUGGGUUUUGGUGAGGCGGGGGCGGAGGUCAUUGGCCAGAACAUGAAGGUGAGUGCCACUGCUGGGGUGAAUGCCAUGGUUCCGGGCUCCAAGGUCGAGGCCAUCAUCGGCUUCUGCAACAUUCGAAACUUCAUGGCGGCUACAGAGGUGCGCUAUGCUUCCUGCCUUUCCUUUUUGUUUGCGGUGCUUGUGGCUUAA